CCUAACUUAUUUAUCAUAUAUCAUAUUUUAAUUUAAUAAAAAUUUCAAUACAACAAAUCAGUUUAUAAACAACGUUUGUAUUAAUUAACAAUGAUAGUGAGAUAAAUUGCAGGACUGAUAUUAAAUUUAUGAUUUGCAGAAUCGCUGAAAUGCCAAUCACUGACAUUUGUGUGUAAAAUCCACAAACUACUUAGUAUUUUUAAAAUGGAUCUAUAUUAUCUCUGUGUGGUCCCUGUUAAUCAAUCUCAAUUCUCUAUAUACCGUUGUAGGUAAUAAUUUUCAGGAUAUGAUUUGUUAAUUAGGUAUUCAUUGUAUGCUAUUAACCGAUUGUCGAGCUAUUAUGGCCUCAGAUUUCAGUAAGGGUGUUCCAAUUAAGUCCGAAGAUCAUAAUGAUGAAUUAAUUGUGAAUAGGUGCAAUAUCAAACAAGAAAGAAAUAAAUCAGAAUAUGUAAACAAUCGAAAUUAUUCUAGAAUUCAGAUCAAGGAAGAAUUGACAGACGAAGAAAGUCAUUAUAGUGAUAUAGACCAUUGUGUUGAUAGUAAUACGUAUUUGAAAAAAGAAUUAAACACAAAAGUAGAUAUUGAUGACAUAAAAUGUGAAAAAAAUGAAUUUGAUGGUUUACCCAAUGAAGACGAGCACGAAAACAAUUUUGGUGAAUUUGAGAAGGCAACGAUACCUCCAGUACAGCAGUCAGGACUCCCAACCAGAGAGGAAGAUAUAAAUAAAAUCAUAGAAUAUCUAGAUAGUAAAAAGAAAAAUCAGCAGGAUGGAAUCGAUUUUUUGUUUUUGAGUUAUGCCGAGACAUUCAAAAAAUUAUCACCAAGAUCACAAAUACAUUUAAAGCUAAAACUGGCAAAAUUGUUUGCGAACGCUGAAUUACAAUUACUAGAACAAACUGGCAGUUCCUAAUCGACUCUUCAUAGUAGCAACACUGUCAUAUAUUUUAAGAAAAAAAUUGUUGAUUGUGUUGAAAUUGGAUAUUUUUUAUUUGUAUUAUUUAUAAUAUAUGUACCUAUAUUACAAUAAUGUAGGUAUAUUAUGUCAAAAGUCUCAAAAAUUCAUGUAAACAUAACGGGAAAAAAGUAAAAUUUCAAACAUU